UUACCCAUUAGAACUCAAUAAAUAAUAAUAGUCUAACAAUAAAAAAUAAACAAAUUCUUAAAGCGAUUCAAAGCAUUCAAUCCAGGAAAUUCGUGAUUUCCAGGAGGAUAUGACUCCCACAACACAUCGCACGUCGAUUUUAAAAGGACAAAUGGUCUGAAACUGAAUCUUUCCUAAAGAGCUGCAUUGCAACGCCGCAGAUUGCUUCCGCACUGGCUACACAGCUGACUGUCAUGUUAAUGCGGGAGAAUGAAUAACUCCCAAUGUGCCAUUACUGACAAACGAAGAAGACCAACACGCAUUAUCCGAUGUAUAUAUGUGGUCGGAUUCAUGGACCUCUUUGGGGUCAGUAUGAUCAUCCCAUUGCUGAGUCAUCAUGUAAAAGAUCUAGGAGCAAGCCCCACAGUGGCUGGGAUUGUAGGAUCUACUUAUGGAGUAUUACAGCUCUUCUCUAGCACUGUGGUUGGAAGUUGGAGCGAUGUGGUAGGGAGGCGCUAUUCACUGCUGACAUGCCUUUUGCUCAGUGCAUUUGGAUAUGGCCUGCUUGGUCUGUCCUCUAGUAUUGCACUUUUUAUGCUGGCAAGGAUACCAGUGGGGCUAUUUAAACAUUCCCUGUCUAUCUGCCGAGCGCUCCUGUCAGAUCUUGUGUCUGAGAAAGAGCGGCCUCUAGUAAUGGGCCACUUUAAUGCUGCCUCAAGUGUGGGAUUCAUUCUGGGACCGGUGGUGGGCGGAUACCUUACUGAACAUGAGGGGGGUUUCUACUUGUCCUCAUUUUUUUGUGCAUCCAUUUUCCUUUUAAAUACAGGUUUGGUCUGGAUGUUACCAUGGAGCGAAACACUAAAUCACCAUACUGACACAAUUGCUAAUACUAAUACCAAAACCAGCAAUUCCUAUGAUGGGUUAAACUCAUCCCCACAUAACUGCUCAGACAAAAAACAAAUUCGGCAUCAGAAUGCAUUUGUAGUCCGUAGUCAAGCAGAUCGAGGUUGGAGCUGGAUGGACAUGUCCCUCUUCCAGCCUGCUUGGAGACAGCUGACCUCAGUUUGGAUUCAGAUCUGCAUGCUGGCUUCCUCUGAUAUGUGGGACUUGUUCCUGGUGCGUCUUCUAAUGGCUGUGGCUAUUAUGCUGUACUACAGUAACUUCUCCUUAGCCAUGGAGGAGCGCUUUCAUCUCAAGCCAAAGGUAACAGGCUAUCUAAUCAGCUACAGCAGUACACUGGGGGCCCUUGCUGGCUGCCUGGUGGGGCCCGUCACCCACCUCUAUGGCAACAACAUGUCUGCUUUAUUGCUGCACUCUACUGUGCUCACUUGCACGGUGAUCUUCCUGUAUGCCACAGCACUCAGUGUCUGGCAGGUCUUGCUCACCUCUACGUUCUUUACCAUCUCUACCACUAUCGGACGCACCUGCAUCACUGACUUGGAGCUGCAGCAUGGUGGGUCCCAGGCUAGUGGGACAUUGAUUGGGGCAGGGCAGUCUGUCACAGCUGUGGGACGGGUACUUGCACCUCUGCUCUCUGGUCUGGCUCAAGAAUUCAGCCCCUGUGGACCUCCUAGUUUGGGGGUUGUGCUGGCACUGGUAGCUGUGGGUUUGCUGCUUGUGAGGACUCCUAAAUGGGACCGUAUAACAAAGGUUAAAUACAACAGUGACUAAAACAUGAGAAGAAAACCACUCAAAGUGAAUGAAAGAUGAAGGACUGUGGUGGCAGCUGUCUUUUUUCCUCUCAGGUGAUGUUAUGUUUUUUUAGAGAUCUUCUGGGUUUAACUGUAGCUUGGAUAUUUAUACCAGAUCUGGAAUGUCAAUGAGUCAUAACAAUGCAGGACCACUUCAUGAGAUAUGAUUAUUGGUAAGGAUGCCUCCUGAGCUGGCAAGUAACUGCAAAAUGAAUAGCCGAAAGAGUCUGAUGCAUCUGAUAUGUAUGAUUGUGAAUGUUUUGAAAAAAUACCAGAACAUUGUGCUGUUCAUUUCAAAACCAAUGAAUAGUUUAAAAUCAAGUCAUUCCUAUUUUUAAAACAAUCAGAAGUGGGACAUUCACCAUUGAAACUUGUAUCUUUGUUUCCUUACAACACUCUAAACUUUCCAAGUAAAAGUUAGUUACCAAUAAAAAAGGUAAGGUCUCGGGCUCUCAAGAAAUCAAUGCAGUAUUUUAGCUGGAAAACAAUAUAAGUACAUGUAGCAGGGUGGAGGGCGGGGCCGGGUCAUGAUCCUACACACCCGGUCCCGUAUUAGGCUAAUCAAGUCUCCCGAGAGGGAUAAAGGUUGACUGCAGAGGAUC